AGCUGUUAGUCCUUGAAUGUGCAGUUUCAUUUGAAACCGAGCAAAACAUGAAGAACAGUUCUGUCAGAGCCGGGGUACUGUUGUGAAUAGACUAAACGAGUCUGGAUAAAUAAAAUAAGUGCAGGGAUUCCAUUAUUGUUUUCGAGGGAACCAGUAUAAGCUACACAGAUGUUAGACCUUGAGACAGUCCCUCGAAUGGCUAAAAUGCCUAUGGAUUUCGCAACGUAUCUACUAUCUUCCAGCCCACCUGCAAGUAAUCUUGAGCUUCUAAGCUUAGCUUUUGAUCCUGAAGCUGCGCGACACUGGGCGCAGGCAAACAAUGAACAAAAUAAUGAAUGCCAAUUUAAUGGUUGUGAUCCAAAUGGAAAUUUCGUGAGUCGCAGAAAAGCAAUCAAGCCGAUUAUAAUUAAGAAAGAUGAAACGGCAAGCGACUGUGAUAUGUCAGAAGCUUCAAGUGACUCCGGGCGGGUAACUCCUACAAGCCCCUGUUCACCACGAGUCAGUAAAAAAGUUUCUUUUGCAGAUCACAAAGGCUUUGCAUUAGCAACAGUUCGAAUAAUGACGGAACCUUCGGACCAUCCCCCAAGGUUAACAGAAGAUGUAAUGAAAAGCAUAACGAAAGAUGAGAAGGCAGUUGUUUCGGGAUUACCUCCAUAUAAACUAAAAUUUACACAACCUGCCUCCGACUAUAUGGCAUUCCGUGAUGCUAUUGAGAAAAACUGUGUUUCUCUUGAAAAUGUCAUUUUACGAGACUAUACUGUGCUCGGAACAAUAAAAGUAAAAAAUAUUUGUUUUGAUAAACACAUUUUUGUGAGAUGCACAUUUGAUUCCUGGAAAUCUAGUCAAAACAUUGAGGCGAAGUUUGUUCAGCCAUUCGGUGGUAACUUGGUGCAUAACUUUGACACUUUCUCAUUUGAAUUUGAAAUAGAUUCACAUUGUGAUACAAAGAAUAAGGUGCAGUUUGCCGUCUGCUUCGAGACUCCAUCUGGUCAGUAUUGGGACAAUAAUUCAGGGGCAAACUAUGAAAUAGUUCCUACAGACUUCAGUUCUGCAGAAGAGCACACCACAGAAUUGUUGCCAACAACAACGCUGACAUCAAAGACGAAAGCUGGUUCUUGGUCCGAAUAUAGUUGCUGGCGCCAUGUCGAUACUUCAUCACCCUACUAUUGAGUUGCCAUUGAAAUCACUUGCCUGCUUCAAGGCAGCAAAUGUCCUUGGACACCUUAAAAUCAAAUGGUUGUGUUUCAACAAACCAGCCAGUAUCCACAGCAACCAAAGGUCAUUGAACUUGUCAAGUAGAAGUUCAGCAGAUAUAGUAAUAAAAUUCUGUGUUGUGAAAAUUGGUUUGCUGCAGACAAGAUAAAGUGACAUGAUGUCAUACAUCAAUAACAUCUAUAGUGACAUGAUGCCAUACAUCAAUAACAUCUAUAGUGACAUGAUGCCAUACAUCAGUAACAUGUAAAGUGCUUUUUCUCAUUUUAAAGCUGCAGAUAUUGCAAGAAAACAAAGCAUUACAGUACUUAGUGUCAGCUGUAACCAUGGUUACAGUAGGAGAAAAAAACAAGCAAGAACAUAGUGCCAUAUCAUGAAAUAGCUGGCCGAUACGGAAGUAUCAAAAAAUGUAAAGUGAACAAAUAAGACGGUAUGGUGGUGAUUUUAAGCAUAAUGGACUCACCGUACUUUGGCUUCAGACUGCUGGCCAAGCAAGUAGAUAGAUCUGAGAAAAAUGACACUUGAAGAUGUUAAAAGUAAAAGGACCUACACAUUAGACUGGAGCAAAUAUGCCAGAAGUCAUGAUUGAAGACCACAUUAAAGAGUCAGAAUUGUAAAAGGCUUCUCUUUAAAAUACAUGUUAAGAACUGCAUUGUCAAGCGUUGAAAGAAGACUGGUCUAAAAGAAGGUCCACUUUGUGGAAUGGUAUAAGAGUAUGUCAGUUUUACCUGUGCAUAUUUAUUGUAUAAGCUGGUUUUUACAACAGUGUUAGGUCUUUGAACAUUUGUGAUCAUUUUGUGAUGUUUUUUCAUCUAAAAUUGACUGAACAUGUUACAUGCAGAUUUUGAUCUUAUCUGUAUACCACUAAUAGUCUGUUAGUAUUAUAGUGAUAUUAACAAUUUUGUACCAAUUUACUCAUUUAGUUUAACAGAUUACACCUUUUUUGGCCGAACUUACAGUCUUACUUCAGUACUUUUGCGUUUAUUGCAGUUGUGUAUAGCCUUGUUCGUUCUCGUUUUGCAGUUUUAAUGUCAAGACUUUAAUUUUAUUGUCUAGGCCUCAUUAUAUGACAGAAAUAUUUGUCAGUUUGUAUACUAAAUGAGCAUAAUAUAUCUGACUCAUCAAGUUGUUUACAAAAUUUAUACUUACGUGACUGGACUUACAUAUUUGUGUAUUUUGUAUAUAUCUUGAUACUUGUCCAAUUUCCAACUUAAUCAAAGUCGUGACAAGUAAAAUACCUACCUUAUUGGAUAAGGUGUUUUCAUUAAAUUCCUUCAAGUUUAUUGAUGUAAAAGGCAUAUUUCAGAAGAUCUUAUUUGCCUUGAAAGUUACUGAAUUGUGAAAGAAGUUUCAUUUUAACUUAGGUAAAUUAUGGAAAUGAUCAAACUUUAGUGUCCUCAGUAGGCCAAACGAAAAUACAGCUUGUUUUUGAGCAUCGUAAAUUUCAAUGGAAAAGUUUAUAAUGUCAGUCCUAGGUUAUCUACUAUCUAGUCUCAAUAGAAAUUCAAGUUUUUACUUUAUUAUACGGUAUUUCAAGUCUGUUGUUAGUGGUAUAUGUUGUAAAUGAUACAAAUACUAAACAAUCAUGGAGGGUGUAAAACCUGAAUAAAAAUUAUUGUCACAGUCAUAAAGCUUUCAAGAUAACGAGAUAUAAAUGAUCACAUGUGUAAUGAUGCCUGUAAUUCAAUUAUUAAAACAAGUGAUGCGAAAAUGAUAGGAAAGACAGUGACCUGUCAACUGCAAUUCAUGUUUUGACAGAAGUUUUUGCUUAAUUAAGUUUUAUGCUCGAGGCGGUGACUGGUAGAUUGGAGAAUUCAAGAUUUUAAGAUAUGUAGAUAUUUUAUGAAUAAUUAUAAGUUGAUUAUGAAUUUGAAAAAUAUAUAAUUUGUGAAAAAGGUCACCAUUGUUACGAAUUAGUCAUUUUAGUUAAAAUGAGAAAUUAGUGUUGUCAGGUUUUAAGAAAAAACUAUAAAGCAUAUCGUUGCACCAUGAAAAUGCUAUAAAUUAAAAAAAAUAUGAAUAGUAAUAAGGUAACUUCAUAUUUUAGGUAGCUGAACGAUUACAUGAAUUGAAGUCAAAAAAAAAGAGACAUGAAUUCAGUGGAAUUAUGAAAGCAACUUUAUUUCCAGUGAAAUAAUUACGAGCGAAACAGCCGGGCUCCAAGCUGUUGCAUUGUGGGUUAUUAUUGAAUAGAAUUUCUCAUCUCAGAGUUCAUGCUUUCUCCAGUAGGAUAAAAAUUACUGAUGUGUCACGCAGGAUCGAUACUACAUCACCAACGUGAUCGUCAUAAGGCAAUUUUCAUGUACGCAUUAUUUCUGCGUAGCUUUAAGAGAAUCAAUAAAGCGAGACAAACAACACUUGUAUGGUUUCCACAAUUUUAGGUAGUUCAGUGCUACUGCUGAUAAGGGAAAAAAGAAAGAAAAGGGAAAAAAGAAAGACAAGGUGAAAUUUGUUUUGACCAUGUUUUGGUUCAAGUUUAAGUUGAUAAAAGGUCCGUUCUUGAGAAGAGUGUGGCAUGCUAUGUUUGUCUAUUUUUCUUCAAAGUUUAAUUUAUAAAAAAAUAUAAGUAUUUUCUGACCAUACUGAAUAGAGAAUGCAUAUCCAUGUAGAACAUGUGUAUGUAGAAAGAAAAAGUGCAAUAAAGCUUUACUUGAAUUAUUGCCCAAGUUUUACUGAACUUUGUAAAAGUUUAAACCAAGAUUAAUUUUAGGAAAAAGUUUACUGGUUGGGAACCAUUUUCCGGACACAUUUUCAUAUUUCGGCUCCAUUAAUUCUUAAAAAAAUAUUUGACAUAAAUGAAGUCCAUACUGCACAAACUUCAGCCCCUUCUGCAUCCGAUGUUGUAAUCAGCAUCGCGUUGUGACGUAAAAUAUGGGUUCCGUGGGGCCUCAAAUGGGGUCACUAAAAUGAGGUAUUUUUCCCGUCAGGUAAACCAAUUUCCGGACAAAUAUUUUGACGGUGUUUUGUUGUUAAUUUGAUAUCAAAAUAAGUAAUUAAACUAUUUCUACACAUUUUUUAAUCAUUCAUCUCUUCAAAAUUGCACUUGAAACAUAACCCGACGUUCAAUAGCAGCUACGAAAGCAAACCGAGGUUGACUAUAAAAAACUCGAAUUUCGUCUAACACGAAUCCUUGAUAAUUCCAAUAGAAAUAGAAUAAAAUUAGUGCAAAAAUCGACAGCCCUGCAUUUUACGUAACAUUUAGCGUGAAAUUAAAAGUAGAACAAGUUAUCAGCAGACAAUCAUUAUAUAGUUUGAUUAUUUCUUCCACACUUGAUAUCUCAGCAUGUGUGAACUACCGCGCAUGCGCAAUGCUAUCUUCAUGCCCCGUUAAGACAGAAAGUUGUUUCGUAAACGCAGGUGAGUUAUCAUCAAAAACCCAAACAUUAUACAGCCUUAUAAAAUAAUGGUUUGUUGUAGACAUGAAGAACAAACAUCUAAAUGUUCUAGAUAAAACAAUAACAUGAAUAACAACGAAAUAAAGCGGAUAUUGCAUGUGUCCGGAAACUGGUCCUGUCCGGAAAAUGGUUCCUUACCAGUAUAUCAAUAGAAAUUUUAAGGACAAUUUAAAGUUGAUUAGGAAAUCAACAAGUAAUACAUGCUAUCUAGUACUGGUGCUGUAUAAAGGUGAAUGAACAGAGAGAAUAUGUGUCUGUAUUGUGGAGCAAAUCGAUAUGAAUUGCGUAUAUAGGGCUUGUUUACUAACUUAGCUCAAAUGUGAAGGUCAUUGUAUCCAAAACAGAUAAGAGGGGAGAAAAAAUAAACCAGUCUAUGUUAUUUCUGAGUUAUUCAAGGUCAUUUUUAACAGCUCCGAAUGAACAUGGUAGGAAGAGAAUACUGCAGCCAUCUUGAAAUUUCUCAUGUUAAAAAAAUGUGAGAUCUUUCUCACAAUUACAUAAAUUGUCUUAGGAGAAAAUGUACUCUUUUGUAAUUGUAUUGCAGGAGUAGGCUAUUGUUAAAAACAAGCUAGCAGGACACCUGUUGAACAAGUGUGCUUUCCAUUAGACCUCUGUGAUGUAGUUGUUUUUUUUUUGUGCCGUUUUUCUUAUUCACCAGAAAAAUGGAUUUAGAUUUCCUAUUUUCCCAACCUUUAAUAAAAGCAUUUUAUGAUUAUUUUGCAAUGAAAGUAACAUAAAUUUUAUUUUAUAACCAUUCCCUGCACCCCCACCUCGGCUUGAAAGCUGCACUUGAUGGUAAACCUCCCCCGCCCCCUUUGUUGUAGAUGUUAGAAAAGCUGUAAAACAGUUAAUGUGUCUGACCACAUUCUGAAACAUUUCUGUAAAACAGAUGCUAGGAAUUGUUAAAAGUCGAGGGCUAAAUGGAAGACUGUCGUAAGAUAUGGUGCAUGUUUCUGUGAAUUCUGGCAGUUUUCCAUUUAACCACUGAGAUGCGACCUUGAGUUUAUUAGAAAAUUACUUAAUUUAUUAUAUACCAUUAUAUUUGUAGAAGUUACAACAUUCCUUGUUUUACCUACUACUGUUGUUUCUGGAAGCAGUGAAAAAGAACAUUGAUGUGAAUCAUAUUAUUAUUUUUGAAAGCAUUGUUUUUUACAUUUAUUGUAGGUAAAUACUUACAUUUGCUGGCAAAUCAGUCACUCUGUUUACAGUAGGUAUGAUUUAAUAGUUAAGAGGUAAAUGUUUAUAGCCUUCUAGGGACAUUUACUGAUAGUGAUUGAAAGGCUAUUUUUAGUAUCAAAUUUAAUUUCCCUUGAUGAAAGGUGUGGCAGACGUGUCUAGAUUACACAUUAGCGUCAGAAAAUUGCUUGAUCAAAGCAUGGUAUACCACUAUAUUGCCUUUUUUUUGACAAUGAAUACAAAGUGUGCCAAGAGUUCUCUGACAUGAACUGUUUCUAUAAAUAGAUUUUUAGGUGAAAUGCUGUUCUAAGCAAGUAGUCAGCUCUUGUUUAAAGACGUGGUUUGCUCAAUAAAAAAAUAAGUAUUACCUGUAAUAAUCAUUUUAAUUGCAUAAUUAUCUAUUACAGAAAUAGCACCUGCUUAAUCAUUAAUCAACAUUUGAGCCGCACCACGAGAAAACCAGCAUGGAUCCAGGCCUAUCUGCGCAGUCUGGUCAGGAUCCAUGCUGUUCGCUUUCAAAGUCUAUUGCAAUUAGAGAAACCGUUAGCGAACAGCAUGGAUCCUGACCAGCCUGCGCAUCUGCGCAGGCUGGUCUGGAUCCAUGCUGGUCGCAAAUGCACUAUGUUGGUUUUCUUAUGGCGCGGCUCUUUUUUUUAUUAUUGAAUUUUAUUUUGCUUCAUGCAUCCCAGGUUUGUACAAGAAAAAAAGAUUCUACUUUUUCAAACCAUCAGUGGUUCGUGUAUAUUUCAUAAAAUUAGACCAUUUUUUGUAGUUUUUUCCAUAUACAAAUGUAAUCGGGUUCCUUUAUUAUUGAAAGUGCAUUAUAAUCCCAAUAUUUUAAUAUUUUUCCUGUGUAUGUAUCACUAAGACUUUUUUCAUGUGUUGUCAUGCUUAUUUUUUGUGUGUGUUUAUUGUGGAGAAUUUUUUUCAAGCUUGCUUGCAAAUUAGAAAUUACUUUUAUACAUUGCUAUUAUGAAAAUUUAUAUAUAAUAUAUAUAUUAAUUGUUCGUCUGUUUCAAACACCUUUCUAAAAGAUGUUCAAGCAGUAAGAAUGCGGAGAUAAAUUUAGUUGUUAUUGUUGAUUAUUUUUUACAUUGUACAUACAUGUAUGUAUCUUAAAUAUAUUAUUUAAACAAGGUACAUUUUGAAAGCUUUAGGUGAUACAGCUUUAAUGCAUGUUUUUUUUUUUGUUUCAAGCUUAGCUUGUUGCCGAUUCAUAUUUUUUCAGAAAGGUGGGUCAGUCAGAGCUGCCUGUUACACAUCUACCUGUCCUCAUGUACAUAAUGUCUAUAUUGUUGUAAUUCAAAUCAGAGUUUUAUAUUCUAUGUAGAUAUUAGCGUGAUUGUCUAGAAAAACACUUAUAAUUGUUAUAUUAAAGGAUUGUACUCCACUUCCUAGAACAACACAGUUAAGGAUUGUAUUCAGUUUCCUACCUCUUUACAUAUUUGCCGGUACAUGAUUAUAACAAGGAAAGACGAGAAAUAAACAGGGAAAUAAACAACGUGUGUACUUUCAUAUCUUACAGGGAAGUCAUCUAAUCUUCUCCUUAAAAGUAUUUCAGGGUGUGUUGAAAAUAUUGCUGUAAAAAUGUGACUUUGUUGAGCAAAAUAAACAUUUCAAUUGUUGUCUUGGCAUGAAAUUAUUCUAUUGAUUCAUAGAUUUAAACAGAUAAGAUAGUUUUGCAUUGGGGCGACAAAAAAACACCACUCUCUUACAAAUUUGACUAUACAAGUUUGACUUGUGAAACUUCCCUAAUUUUAUUAUGCACAGACAGGAAUAUACUGAAAAAUAUGUAUUUUAUACCUGAAGGAAAAGUUUUUUGUGUUGGAGGGCAUUAAAGAUGUUGAGAUGAUUACUUUACUAAUGCCAGUCUGGUUUUCAGUGUACACACAAUGGCACAGUCUAUACAUUUAAACUGUCAUGAUAAUGCACUGUACAUCAUAUAAAUGUGACAAGUUUGUAGAAAAGUUAUAAAUGCAGGUUAGCAUGUGUUUUACUGAAUGUUACAUAAUAGGAAAUACUAUCCACUUAGGAUGUUGAAAGUUACUACUUCAGGGCAUGUUUAGAUAAAAUAUUUGAUGUGUCAAAUUUGGCUCAGUAACUGUAGACUUGGUAUUUUUUGUAACAGUUAUUUCACAACUUGAUUGACCAUAGAGCUAUUUGCAUUGUUGAGAAUUUGUGAUUCAGAAUUAUUUACGGUAUACUUUGGGAGGUAAUACAUCUAAUAUUCACAAAUUUUGAAUUGGUGUGCACCUGUUUUGGUCAAUAUUAGCAAAAAAUGAAAUGGUUGCAAAAAUUACCCAAUUAACAGAUUUAAAUUUGCACAAAUUUAGGAUGCAGUUGGGAUGUUUUGACCUAAGGGUUUCAGAGCAGUGAAGAUUAACAUCCUAUAACAUGUUCCCUAGUUAUUAAAGGACAGUAAACUGUUAAAUAUUUAGUAGUAUGUACCAAGGUUAUAGAUCAGUAAUCAUUUGCAGUUAUCAAGCAUAGCAAAGUGGAGUAUUUUUUUUGGUGAUCACUUCAUUUUUUUUACUGCAUAAUCUUAUGGGUGGGGCGAUCAUUCUGAAUGGGUGUCAGCUUUAACUGACUUGUUUUGAUUAAAAUUACUGUCUUUAUAUUUACCUCAUGAGCUCUUACACUUUUUUUGUUUUUUGAAAGAGUUUGCAGAUUUUUUUUUAGGGAGGGGGGGGGGGGAUAUCAGAAGAGGACUAUUUAACAGGCUUAUUAUUUUGGCCAGUUUGCCAAAUUUACACUUGGUUUGGCACAUAUCUCGAUCCGAUUGUCAUUUUGAGUAUUUUAGCUUGAUUAGGGUAACAGAGGGAACAAAAUUUCAUCAACUGUUUGUUAAUUUCUAGGAAAAGGCUAAUAAUGAUACUUUCUGUGAAAGGAAUUAGCAUUGCAUAGGUGGUAAUUAAAAAAUACUAUUUUUAAAUGCAUAGUUCAAAUCAUCUGACAAGAUACAUGAACUUUGCAUAUUAUUAUGAGAUUUUUCCUAGAAUAAAAUGUUACUGAACAUUUUCUGACUUUCUGUUACUUUCUAUUGCAUCAAGCUAAAAUACUGUGAACAAGCUAAAUUUAUAGAUUAUGAUUCUCAGAUGUGCUAUGUUUGUUUACAGUAACAGUCAGUUAAAAUAUUUGUGUGUUGACAUAUUUGUUAUCUCUUUUUAUCAAGAUGCCAUUUGUACCAUACAUGAUAUAUAUUUCAACAUACUUUGUUAUUUGUUAAUAUUAUGUUAAAUACCUGUAUAUAAGAUAAUGUACUCAUGUUUUGUGUGUGAUACAACAGGUUUCCUGUUUAAGGAGCUAUGUCAUUAUUGUAAGACACAAAAGUUUGUCAUGUGUGAAUAUUCAUGACAAAUAAAAAGUUGUUGAAUUAUA